AUGGGUAAGAUUUCCCAACUUACUGGGAAAUCUUACCAUUGCAAUUCUGGACUAAAUCUUGUGUUUGUAGCUAUUGGAAACACUCUAGGUAAUCUCUUGGGAAUAGAUGAAGAUUUUGUUUAUUUCUAUCAUACUACUUAUGCUCGCAUUCUUGUGAAGAUGGAUGCAAAGAAUGACCUUCCUACAGAAAUUUACUUGUCAGAGAAUAGGUUCAAUGGUUCUAUUCCACGCUCUAUAUGCUCUGACUUUGAUUGUUUAGAGUAUCUGGACUUGUCAAAGAACAGGCUAAAUGAUGUCAUUCCUACAAAUCUGGCGAGUUGUUCUUCUCUAUAUAUCUUGAAUUUGGCUCAAAAUUAUUUGGAAGGUGAGAUGCCAAGAGAGCUAGAAAAUCUGACUGAACUUCAGACACUAAAUCUCGGUGAAAACAAAUUGCAAGGUGUUAUCCCUCCAUCUAUUAAAAGUUGCACAAAACUCCGAGUGUUUGACACAGGAAAGAACAGAAUUCAGGGAAGCAUCCCAGUUUGGAUUGUAGAAUUAGCAGAGUUACGAAUUCUCAACUUGGCUUUUAAUAAGUUGCAAGGCACUUUUCCACCAGACUUGCAUAGGCUCAGGAAUCUUCAAAUUUUAGAUUUAUCUCAUAAUAAUUUAUCAGGACUUAUUCCUCAGAGUUUGGGGAAGUUGAACGCUAUGGCGAAUCAGACACAAAGUGAUGUAAUAGAGAUGAGCUCCAGUGAUUGGGUUAUGGGAGAUGGUGUUGGCAAGAUUCCUGAGGAAAUGGGAGAGCUGAAGGGUCUAAUUGCUCUCAACGUUUCAAACAACAAUCUGAGUGGCAGCAUUCCUGAAUCCUUUGGAGGUAUGGCUCAUCUGGAAUCUCUAGAUCUUUCGAGAAAUAUGUUGUCAGGCAAUAUUCCAGCAGAUCUUGUAAAUCUCACAUUCCUUUCUGUUCUAAAUGUUUCAAACAACAACCUUUGA